AUGGCUGUCGUCGUGGUAGAAAUUCCUAUGGUCGCAGAUGGUGAAUUUGCAGUCGGAAUGGAAUUCAGUUCCAGGGAAAAUGUUAUUAUGGCGAUGAAAGAUUAUAUUAUCCGAAGAGGCGUAGACUAUCGGGUGUAUGAGUUGGAGCCUUUGACGUUUUAUGCCAAGUGUACACAGUAUGGAUCAGGGUGUAAUUGGCUUAUCAGGGUUAGCAUGAUCAGCAGAAAGUACUGUUGGGUUAUAAGGAGAUACAACGGUAAUCACACUUGUACUAGAGCCACCAUUUCUCAGGAUCAUUCAAAGCUGGAUUCGAACACAACUGCAGAAGCAAUAAAGUCGUUGGUUGAGGCUGACCCUUCGAUAAAGGUAAAAUCAGUUAUUGCGGAAGUGCAGUCGAAGUUCAAUUACACCAUCAGCUAUCGGAAAGCAUGGUUGGCUAAGCAAAAAUCAGUGGAAAAAAUAUUUGGAGUUUCACAGGAUGGUAACAAUAAUAUCGUCCCAAUUGUGGAGGGAGAGACUUCUGAUGCAUGGCACUUUUUUCUUAGUAAUCUGCGACAACAUGUUGUGACUCGGGAUGGUGUGGGACUGAUUUAUGACCAACACGAAUCCAUCAAUGCGGAUAUUCGAGGACGGUUUGCGAGUACGAAAUGCACUACCAGCGUUUACGAGAACGGGGCGAGGCUUACGCUAACUGGUCAAACAGAAUCCCCCCGUGAACAGUAUGCGUUGGCAUUCGAUGGUGGCUACCGAUGGGGUCACAUGACCACUAACCUAGUGGAAUGCAUCAACUCAGUCUUGAAGGGUGCACAUAAUAUCCCUAUGCACUUGUCAAAGCAACAUUCUACAGGCUUAACGAGUUGUUCACCAGAAAAAGAGCCGAGGCGGAGGCGCGGAUAA